AUUUACUCGUUAAUAAGUUCGUAUAUUUUCCGUAUAAGUUAAACACGUGCUGACAUACAGGGUGAAGGUAAGGUUCUUUUGCUUAUAACUUGUUUUAAAAUUGUUAAAUCUUAGGUUGUAGUCAUUUUUCACUAACUACAAUGGAGCAAAAAAGUACUGACCCCAAAACAAGCUAUUGGCAUACAAAGCCAGCUCCUCUAAGACGAAAACUCUCUUUUUUCACUUCCAGAGAUAAAUCCAAGCCUGCUCACUCUCAGUAUGUGGCAGAAUUUUAUCAAAAAUUGCACGAAAAACUAUCGUUUUCGCAUCAUCAUCUCAACUGGCAGCCAUCUUGCUUACAGCCAGAAACCACGCUUCCUGAUAAUGAAAUUUUAAAUUUCUGUGAGACCACCAUGGAAGAAUCAAAUAUCCGACAAAUCUGCCAUGCCCUUUACUUAAAAGAGAUUUCUCGGCUUAAUCCUCAACUCUCUGAAGGUCAACUUUUCGUUGACGGAUUAUUCGAAUUGAUAUCAAGGGAAAUACCCUGGCCAUUGACUGAGGGGGCUGGAGGGUUAAAAACACGGCCAAGCCCAAAGGAGCUGUUCUCAGUGUAUAACUUAAGUUCAUUGCUAUUAGCUCGUUAUUGGACUAGACCUGAUAAUAUCGACGAGUUGCCAUCUUAUCUCUCGGUUGGUGCUUCGUUUGUUGAGUAUGUACUAAGAACUCACGGGCCUCUAGGUCUAUCCCAACUAUUCUCAUCUCUUCCGUCCUCUGGUGGUGGGCAUGGCUUUAGACCCAGCAAGAGUUUCAGUUAUAAAGGAGAUGACCUUUUCUCCCUGGAGUUGAAAUGGAAGCGAUUCGUAGAGGGAGAGAGUUCCGGCCCUUUCUCUCUCACUCACUGUGGACUCUUGGUGGAUUUAUGUAAGAAAUACUACAAGUCAUGCUCAUUUCGGAUGAUACUAGUAUUUGUGAUUAUUCUGAUUAACGUCUCGCUCCAGCUGGGUCUAGCUAUUUCGUUCUCUUACCUCCUCUCGCUUGGUUUCGGUGCUAGUAGAAGCGACUUCCGGACCACUUUCAUUUGGUCUGCCAUUGUUCUUGCUAUCAUUCUCUCUCGAUUCAUUCUAUCCAAUAUAGCAGCUCUACUCAUUAACACAGUAGUCAUUCACAUCGGUUUGAAUCUAAGGUGGCAGGUGGCACGAAGGAUACAUUGUGUGUCGUAUGCAUUUUUCUCUGAUCACAGUCCAGGAAGUAUCCUCUCUGUGUUCUCCAAAGAUGUGAGCUUUAUUGAAAGUUUUAUCUCAGUUUCGAUGACGACACUAUUGUGGGCGUGUCUAAUGUUGAUUGCAUGUAUAGCGUAUGCUGUUACUAUAGCAUGGCCAUUAGGCCUGUCUCUCUGUCUAGCAUACAUUGUUAGUCAUGCGUUCACUGUCUGGCUAUCAUCAUUCCUAGGCCUGUACAACCUAAGGAAGAACCAGGCUCUUGACAAGAGUAAUGAUAUCUUUAAAGAGAUGCUUGAUGGUUACAAGGAGAAUAGGAUUUAUCGCUGCGCCUCGUUCUGGCUCUCAAAGUUAGAGGGAGUCCUAAAGACAGAGUAUUCUCCCCAAUCGUUCAAGUCAAACCAGUUGGUCCAGUUUGUCGUGUCGUUUCAGAUGCUCAUUCCACAUGUACUUGGCGUGCUACUGAUGCUUGGGAUUGUACUGCUCUCAGACUAUAAGUGGAUUGAGUUUGAGCAUGGGGUCUCAGUCUAUUUAAUGUACCAGUUAACACUAAUGGCAGUAUCGAGUGCCUCUGGUCAUUUCUCGACACUGGAGUCAGCAAGAGUCUCUAUGAGUAGAAUUAACUCGUUGCUAUUCAAUGAGUAUCACAAUAUGAAAGAGCUAGGUCAGUUACCUGACGAUAGUCUGGUAAGUGCUCUGCUACGCUCUCGUCUCUCUUGUCAUGGUAGGAGAGGUGUUCCUGUAUCCUUUGAAAGCGUCUCAUUUUGCUACUCGUCCUCAGCGUCCCAUUGGACGCUCUAUGAUGUCUCCUUUAGACUAGGAGCUGGCGAGAAGAUGGCAAUAGUUGGUGAAAGUGGGGGUGGUAAGAGUACCAUAUUGAGUCUCAUACUUCAAGUUCUCCUGCCGACCGAGGGCUCAGUGUGUAUAGCAGGACAGGAGACCACUGGUAGACCGGACGGAUCAGCUGUUGCCAUCUUUCAAUCUAAUCACAUAUUUGGUACCAGUCUGAGGGAGAAUGUUCGUUUGGGUCGACUGGAUGCAGAGGACGAGGAGAUAGAGGAGGCGUGUCAGUUAGCCGGACUGGGUGAUUGGAUCGAGGAGCUCCCCCAUGGAUACGAUACCUUGUUAAGAUCCAGUGGUGGUCAUGGGUGGGGUCUAUCCUCUUCGUCUCUCAGUGGAGGGCAGGUACAGAGGAUUGGCCUUGCUAGGAUGUUACUAUCAAACGCUCCAGUACUGCUUUUGGACGAGAUGACAUCUGCCCUGGAUCCGUUGACCGAAUCCAAGGUUUUUUCUACAGUACUAGACGCCACAUCUGGUAAAACGUUAAUAUCAGUUACUCACAAGAUCGAGCAGGCUAGGGUCUACGAUAAGAUAAUGGUACUUUCCCACGGGAGGAUAAAGGAGAUUGGGAGCCACUCUGAUUUAAUGUCUAGAGAAGGUCAUUAUUACCGAUUGGUCAAGCGAGAGGAGGGUGUGGUCUCACCUUCAAGGCCGACGCCCAUUCAACAACGACACUCACUUUCACACUUAGCACUAACACCACUUCAGUGUAAGGGCGUGGCUGUUCAACAAAGGGUGGACACUCCCAUCAUUAUUGAACCAAUUUCUGGUUUAAUUAAAGCCACACCCCUCCAGACGGUUGAUGAGGAACCGAGUCAUCUUGGUUCUAUGAUACUGUGUCCUCAAGGUUCUCAUGGAGGACUCUCACCUCUAAGGUCCGAGUAUCAAAGUGGAGAUGAGGGAAAUCUUUCAAUUGAGAAUCCUUUUCCAAAAAUUUUAUCACUUCCAUCUUCCACACCUAAUAAACUGAAUUAAUAAUAUUUAUUAAUUGCAAAUUUGAUCACUUAACUAAUUUAGUCAAUUUGUUAUUAUAUUAAUUUUAUCAAUUAAUUUUAAAUUUUUAAUCGAAUAAAAUAUUUUGAUUUGCUCAAGUGUGUAAUCAUGCGUUACAAAAAUCAGUCAUUCUCAA